AUGAUAUUGGGACACUGGCUUUUCAGUGCCAUCAUGGUUUCCAGCCACUACUUGGUUUUGCUUCUCUGCUUUUUGCUGCUGCUUCCUCUUUUGCCAGCUGCAGUCUUCUUAAAGCAGGAGCAGGCAAACAGCUUGCUGAAAAGACAAAGAAGAGCGAAUAGCUUCUUUGAAGAGUUAAAAAUAGGAUCGCUACAACGGGAGUGCUUUGAAGAAGUGUGUUCGUAUGAGGAAGCCAGAGAAAUCUUCCAAGAUGUUAAAAGGACAAUGGAAUUCUGGCAGAAUUAUGUUGAUGCCAAUCAGUGUGACUCUAACCCCUGUCAGAAUGGUGGGACAUGUGUUGACCAAUUUCAGGCUUAUGUUUGCCUUUGCCCUGAGGAGUAUAAGGGCAAAAACUGUGAAAAAGGUCUGAUUGACAAACCAACGUGCAUUAAUGAAAAUGGUCACUGUGAACAUUAUUGCAUUGACAGUCCAACCAUGAUACGACAAUGCUUUUGUGCAGAGGGUUACGUACUAGCAAGUGAUGAAGUGUCCUGUACUCCCCAAGUGGAUUACCCAUGUGGGAAAAUACCUGUUUUGGCAAAGCAAAACACAACUCAGCGGGGGAGAAUUGUAGGUGGUUAUGUCUGUCCUCCAGGUGAAUGUCCUUGGCAGGCUCUGCUAAUAGAGAAUGAGAAACCAAAGUGUGGGGGUUCCCUGGUGGGACCGAGCUGGGUGGUUACUGCAGCUCACUGCUUAGAGAACACACAUCCCAAACAGCUCCGAGUAAAACUGGGUGAACACACAAUAGAUCAUGAGGAUGAAGGGGAGCAAGAAAGGAAGGUUUCUGAAAUCAUAAUUCAUGAAAAAUAUAUUCCACAAACAACUGACCAUGACAUUGCCUUGCUGCGCCUGGAGGCGCCUGUUAACUUCAGUGAUUAUGUGGUACCGAUAUGUUUGCCCGAGAAACAGUUUGCAAUGUCUGAGCUGUCCUCCAUUAGGUUCUCCACAGUGAGUGGAUGGGGGCGUCUAAUAGAAGGAGGUGCUACUGCUGCAGUUCUUAUGAGAGUUGAUGUUCCACGUGUAAAGACACAAGAGUGUAUAAGUGAGGCCAACUUAACUAUUACAGAGAACAUGUUCUGUGCAGGAGACCUCAGUGGGACUAAAGACUCCUGCAAAGGGGACAGCGGCGGACCUCAUGCCACAAAGUACAACACCACCUGGUUUCUGACAGGGAUUGUCAGCUGGGGGAAGGGGUGUGCUACCAAAGGCACUUACGGGGUUUACACAAGGGUGUCUAAAUAUCUCGAAUGGUUAAACAAUCGCAUGGAUUCAUAAGCUGCCAGGCUUCCUCUAGUCAGAAUGUUUCCAAAUUGCAGAGUUGUCUUUUUGAGUCCCACCUGGGACACUUCCCUGUUUAGCAUUUUUCCGGAUCUUAAAUAAAUUACCCACACACUUACAUAAUGAUUUGAAACCAAUAUCUUUCCUGUUCAGUCACAUUACUCAUUCACCUGACUGCAUUGUUUGAACAUUAUUUUAAAAGAGGAAUUACUCUGCAGCAACCUUUUUGAAGGUUGUAACAUUUAUAAAUUAUAUUUCCAUUACAUUACCUUACAUCACAGUUGCAAAUGCAAAAGUCAAAUCUUCAUAUGAGUGAUCUGUCCUAAGACUCCAGAACCAAAGAAACGGGAAAAGAUUCUUUCCAGGUUUCUAAGUCUUUACUGAGGGCUUAGUUUCAUUUUUCUUACAUCAAAUAAUAAAGUAAUAUUGCUAACAA